CAUCUUCCUCCUUUCCUCCGUCCCUCCUCGUUAAGUAAAGGAAAACAAGAGAGAAGGGAGAAGAAUCAGCAGAGAUGUACGGAUACGCAAGCGUUAGCAACAAGGAUGGGGCAAAGGAGAUUGAUUUGGAGGCAGGGAAUGGAGAGACUUUGUACCCGGGUUUGAGUCUCGGAGAGAACCAAUUACGAUGGGGUUUGAUUCGCAAAGUUUAUGGAAUCUUGGCUGCUCAGCUCGUACUCACCACCAUCGUCUCUGCUGUUACGAUUCUCUAUACUCCUAUGACUGAUCUCCUCAAGGGAAGUUUCGGGUUCGUUUUGUUUCUAUCAAUUGCCCCCUUUAUUUUGUUGUGGCCCUUGCAUGUGUAUCACCAGAAACACCCUGUGAAUCUAAUUAUUCUUGGCCUCUUCACCGUUUCGCUUAGCCUCUUGGUUGGAGCAAGCUGCGCUAAUAUAGAAGGUAAAAUUGUGCUUGAGGCAUUAAUUCUGACCUCCGCUGUGGUUUGCUCUCUAACUGCAUACACUUUCUGGGCUGCUAAGAAGGGCAAGGACUUUAGCUUCCUGGGACCAAUUCUCUUCACUUCCCUCAUUAUCCUCAUCCUGACUAGUUUUAUCCAGGUGUUCUUCCCACUUGGCUCAACGUCCACUGCAGUUUAUGGUGGAAUUAGCGCUUUGAUUUUCUGUGGAUACAUUGUUUAUGACACUGACCACCUGAUCAAGCGCUUCUCUUAUGAUGAGUAUAUUUUGGCCUCCGUUGCUCUCUACUUGGACAUUUUGAACCUGUUUCUUUCCAUUCUGCGGGUGCUGAGUCAGAGAAACAGUUAGUUGUACAGCAUACUCUCUUCAGCCAGGGUUAGCAUGCAAUUAUAUAUUUGAUAAUAACUGAUAUUCACUGUGAAAUUGCGGAUUUUAUAUGUUAUUAAUGUACUCUGCUAGUGCCUAAGUGGGCAGUUGCUCUUUGCAGAGUCCUUGGUGUUCUAUUUUCCUAAUCAACUGUAGUAAAAAUAUUAUUCUAUGUGAAUUGUUUCCACUCUA